UAAAAAAAAAAAAUACUAAAAUCAAACUCAAGUGACAUGUUUGAAAGUAUUAACAUUCCGCCUACUUGUAACUUUAAACAGCUAAAAAACACUAAAGGUGAAUUCAACAGAAUUUAAACAGGCACGUCGUGGACACCGCGUGGCGUCUACUGUAAAUUGUGUUUCCUCAGGCUGCCGUCAUAAAGCGGUGAAGCAACAGCCAUAAUGAAGGAGAACAUCCCCACUGGUUGUCAUGGAGCCCAACAGCAAUCCAUCUCAGUUUAUGUGCUUGUGUGGGCUCUGAUGCAGGGUUGUAGCAACAGAGCCGCUGGUCAGAGGCCUGAGGAAACUCCCUGAAGAUAUUGAGUGGUCAUACUCAGGUACCCUGAACCAGCGCAUCUGGGGUAAGAAGUACCCGUCCUGUAACAGCGCCAGGCAGUCUCCUGUGGACAUCGACGAGAUGUUUACCCAAGUAAGGCUGCAGUACCAGAAUCUACAGCUCGAAGGCUGGGACAUACUGACGGCAGAGUCCAGCACCAUCCACAACAACGGGAAGACUGUGGCCAUCAGUGUGGAGGGAGAGUUUUUUGUGAGUGGAGGAGGGCUGAGCUCCAGGUUCCGUGUUGGUAGAAUCACCUUUCACUGGGGCCGCUGCAAUGCAACGUCAGAUGGGUCUGAGCACAGCCUGAAUGCAAUGAAAUACCCUCUGGAGAUGCAGAUCUAUUGUUAUGAUCCAGACGACUUCCAUAGUCUGGAUGAUGCUAUUAGGGAAGGAGGGAGGAUCGCUGCCUUGGCUGUGCUAUUUGAGGUCAGCUUGGAAGACAACGAGAACUUGAGUCCUGUUAUAGAGGCCAUCAACACUGUCAGCAGGUUUGGUAAGAGCGGGUCGAUGGAAGCUUUCAACUUGCGGUCCUUGCUGCCUAAUAACACAGAUAAAUAUUACAUCUAUAAUGGCUCACUAACUGCACCUCCCUGCUCUGAAAUGGUGGAAUGGAUCGUCUUUAAACAUACUGUGGCCAUAUCAGAAACACAGUUGGAGAUGUUUUGUGAGGUGAUGACGAUGGAGCAGGCUGGAUACGUGAUGCUGACGGAUUACCUGCAGAACAACUUCAGGGAGCAGCAGCAGCAGUUCAUGGGUCAGGUGUUUGCCUCGUACACCGGAGUGGAAGACGUGCUCACGCCCACCUGCAGCUCGGAGCCAGAGAACGUUCAGGCUGAGGCCCAGAACGACACAACCAUCGUGGUGACGUGGGAGCGCCCCCGCGUGGUUUACGACACAACCAUCGACUGGUACACCGUCACCUACCAGAGGCUGCAGGGCCGAGACCAGAGCAAGCAGGAGUACAGGACAGACGGGGACCAGGAUGUGGGUGCCAUCAUCUCCAGCCUGCUGGCCAACAGCAGCUAUGUGGUUCAGGUGGUUGCUGUUUGCACCAAUGGCCUCAGAGGACGAUGGAGCGACCAGAUUAUAGUAGACAUGCCGUUAGAAGACCCUGAAAGUGAUUCAGAUCCUGACGCUGUCACUAAAGAUUUAGAAGACAACAGGGAGGUCUCAUCGAAAGCCAGAUGGAAGAAGCCAGAGAACCAGAAUCAGGUGGAUUUGUCUCCAGAGGACCACAGCCCCGUGGAGGAGAUCCCAGUGGAGCAGACCAGGGUCUACCAGAACCAUCCCCGAGACCAAACCCAAGACCAGAACCUCCUGGUCCAGGUCAGCACUCGUUCAAGCCCGAAAACUCCCUCUGAGUCUGCCGUUCUACAGAAAACUCAACUCAACCAGAAUGCCAAAAGGAAACCGGGCCGGAACAGGUCUAAAGCUGAAAUGGAUCAGAACUGGAUUGACGAGGACCGGAGGAUGCGAACAGACCGACCAUUCACUAAAGCAGGCUUUGAUGGCAAUGGUGCAAUAUGGGUAACCGAGGUAACUGAGCAGCCGGGCUUCCUGUUUCCAGUUGCUCGGACAACUACCCUGCCGACAAUCCGCCGACAAAUCACAGAAGAAGCCUCGUUGUCAGUGUUGCCAAAUCAGUUAAAGAAUCAUGGUCCACCAGACCAAGCUGGUGAAAGUGGCCUCCCUUCUCCCCAGUCAGACCUCUACAGCCCUCCUGUGGAGGACAUCCAAGUUACAGACAUCUUCUAUGAAGACACAGUCUACAACUCUCCACUAGAAACCACCACCUCUGCUGAAACAGUCUCCGCUGCUGCGUUGCCAGGUGAUAAAGUGGACUCUGUCCCCCUGCUGUCCUCUGAAGACAGAGAUGCCCCUGACAACAAACCUCUACCAGAAACGAUUGCCUCAGUUUCGUCCACCCCAUCCCCUCUUUGGAUCACAGCAAGGGCGGCAACCGCCAGUAACACACUCGCUGAGUCAGUCUACAAGUCAUUGACCACCUCCUCUCUUCUCAUGGUACUGAUGCAUACAACCCAGCCCAUGUUUAAUGCAAAUACACCCACGUCCAAGGUCGAGGACUCAGCCAUCGAACAGUCCUCUGGCUUAAUGAACUCUCCCAACACUCAUAGUGGAGUGAUUGAAAACCCAGUCUCUGUCCCAGAAGGGGAAUUCUCUGCUGAAGGAGAUUUAUCCAGUGUCACACCUCAAUCGCUCAAACCUUUUAAUGAAUACACCAGCAGUUUCCGCCCUUCUCCUGCCCUCCCUGAAGACAAGAGGAGUGGCUUUAUUUUUAAUCAUAACGACAAGUCCCCUGAAGAGUACUCUAUUGUCCCUCUACAAAUGGAUUUAGAACGCUCUCAGAUCACCACCACUUUGGGUUCUCAGGAUCGCUUAAUCACUGCAUAUUCCCUUUCUCUGCUGCCUGAUGAUGACUCGUGUACCAUCAACUUAUCAAAAACAAACACAGUUGAAGGAAAUACCCCAAAAGCUUCUCAUAAUCAAAUUGAUGGUAGGAUUCAGGAUCAUCUGAACAUCUUGCCAGACCCCAAUAAUGAAAAGCAAGCCAGGACGGACAGGCAUAAAUCAUCUUUCUUUGAUGCUAAAGGUUUGACUUUGCCCCGUCCCUAUAAUUCAGAGGAAUCCAACACAGACAGGGCAGCAGAGGGAAGUGGAUCAGGCUAUGGCCAUUAUAGCAACAGGCUCAAUCAGGAAUUUGAUGCAGUCAUGACUGACCUCUCUACAAUUCCAAAUUCAGUUAUUAGCUUCAAGGUGGAUAAUACUGGGAAAAAGAGUAGAUCAACAGGAAUUAGGAUGUAUAGUGAAACAGAUAAUGAUCCAGAUGGGGCCCGACACAAAAAAAGUAGUAAGAAAGAGUUUGAAACAGCUGCAGAGACAGAAAUGGAGGAGAAUGAAUAUGAGCCAAGUGGGGAGGAAGAAGAAAAAAUAGAUGCAGAAGGAGUCCGUGACUUUGGGAAUCAGAGAGUGAGGAAAGUGGAUGGUGAAACAGAUGAGAGUGCCCAACAGCUCAAUAGCACAGAAGGCUGGGACACGUUGAAAGAGGAAAAGAAAGAAACUGAGGUUGAGUCUGUAGUAGUAAAGACACUAUACUCUCACUCCGGCAGCGGGGAUGAAAUUGAGUCCAAUUUUAGAGUUUUUAGCUCACCUGAGGACGUCAGUGGUUCUGGAGAAGGUGGUGAAGAUAGAAAGGGAAAAAGAAAGAAAGUCAGCGAUGACAAAGAAGGUAUAGCUGUAGGUGGAAAAGAAAGCGAUGAGAAAAGUGAUGGAAGGGAAGAUGGAAGAAACGAUGAUCUCCAGCCGUCUGUCAAUCAAGAUAAGCCUGUGGGAACACUGUUUGGCACCAGUGAAGAAAAUGGCAAUGGACUUGACGAAGAGGGUCAAAACAGAAGUCCUGUCAGUCAAGUUGUUGGGGGUAACUCUACUUUGGAGGACAAGAAAGAGGGAGAUGAUGAUGGUAAAACAAAUGGAGGUCUGGCGAGUGAGGAACCCAUCGCAGGAGGUGGUAAAGAGGGUAGUGAUGCAGCUGUAAUUGGGGAGAGUAAUUUGCAGCAGUUCUCAAGUGUGGACAGGUUGUUGUUUGAUGCUGCAAGAAAUCCUGUCUUGGGGCGUCUCGUCCCUCUGCUCAGACUGACAGAUGGCACGGAGGAGCAAACAGAAGAAGGCAGCAACAGCAGCCACGAGUCUCGGGUCGGGCUGGUCGGAGGUGUGGAGAGGGAGAAGAGGACAGUUGUUCCGCUGGCUGUUGUCUCCACUCUCACCAUCCUCUGUCUGCUGGUUCUAGUGGGCAUACUCAUCUACUGGAGAAACUGUUUCCAGGUGGCAAAUUUCUACCCAGAUGACAGUGCAUCACCUAAAGUCAUAUCUGCUCCAUCUACACCCUUGCUGCUGGCUUCAGACGGUCACGAGCCACUAACAGUGAAGCAGUUUGUGAGGCACGUCAUGGAGCUGCACACUACCAACACCUUCUCCAAGGAGUUUGAGAUUGUCAAAGAAUCCUAUGAGGAGGUGCAGGCGUGCACAGUGGACAUGGGCAUCACUACCGACAGCUCCAAUCACCCAGACAACAAAAGCAAGAACAGAUACAUCAACAUAUUGGCCUACGACCACAGUAGAGUCAAGCUCUCCAGCAGUUUGGACAGAGAUGGGAAAUGUGGGGACUACAUCAAUGCCAACUUCGUGGAUGGUUAUGAGAGAACAAGGGCUUAUAUCGCAGCUCAAGGGCCUCUCAGAGCGGGCAGGGAAGACUUCUGGAGGAUGAUCUGGCAGCAGAAUGUUGGAGUUAUUGUCAUGAUCACCAACCUCAAGGAGAAAGGACGGACAAAAUGUGACCAGUACUGGCCAGAGGAGAACCAGGAGGAAUACGGUCCAUACCAGGUGACCCUGAAAAGCAGCAAGACCCUCGCUUACUACACACUGCGGACGUUCACUGUCAGAGAUACCACAUAUAAGACAUCUCAGAGGAAGGUUGAACACACAGUCCUCCAUUACCACUACACCCAGUGGCCAGACAUGGGCGUCCCAGAAUACACUCUGCCUGUCCUGUCCUUCAUCAGAGCAUCCUCCCGGGCACGGACACAGGAGAUGGGACCAGUACUGGUACACUGCAGUGCCGGCGUAGGAAGGACAGGAACCUACAUAGUGAUAGACAGCAUGCUGCAGCAGAUCCAGGAUCAGGGUACGGUGAACGUUCUUGGUUUCCUAAAACAUGUCCGGACGCAGAGGAACUUCCUGGUUCAGACGGAGGAGCAGUACGUGUUUAUCCAUGAUGCUCUGGUGGAGGCCAUUUUGAGCCGCGACACCUCGGUGACAUCGGACCUCCUCCACACUUACGUGUCUGACCUCCUGACCCCCGGGGCGUCAGGCAGGACACGCAUGGACAAACAGUUCAAGUUGAUCAGCCAGCGCCAGGCGAAGCACGCAGACUACAGCACUGCCCUGAGAGACGGCAAUGCUGAGAGGAACAGAGCCAGAGCUCUGAUGCCUGUGGAAAGAUCAAGAGUCUGUCUGACCGCUUCAGAAACAAAUGUCACAGGGUACAUCAAUGCCUCCUACGUCAUGGGAUAUCACCACAGUAAGGAGUUUAUAGUGAGCCAGACUCCUCUGAGCAGCACGGUGGCAGAUUUCUGGAGAAUGAUCUGGGAACACAACACACACACUGUAGUCCGUCUGCCAGACACACACUUUCAGAGUGAAGAGAGGGAGUCUUAUGUUUACUGGCCCAGUAAAGACCAGCCAAUGAGCUUUGAGGGGUUCACUGUCUCGUACUCGGGGGAGGAGCAUGUCUGUCUUUCCAAUGACGAGAGACUUUUAGUGCAGGACUUCACAUUGGAGUCUCCACUGAACAAUUAUGUUUUGGAGGUGUGUCAGUACAGCGCCACCUGCUGGCCCAACCCAGACAGUCCCAUCAGGAACAGUUUUGAUCUGGUCAACACAGUCAGAGAGCACAGCAGACAUUCAGAUGGACCUACAGUCAUACAUGAUCCGUUGGGAGGCGCUACAUCAGGGCUCUUCUGUGCCCUUACCACCCUUUCCAGUCUGCUAGAGGAGGAGGGAGCUGUAGACGUCUACCAGGUGGCACGAAUGACUAACCUCAUGAGGCCUGGUGUUUUUAAUGAUAUAAAUGUGUUUUACCCCCCACAGGAGCAGUACCAGUAUCUGUACCGCGCUGUGCUGAGUCUGGUGAGCAGCCAGGAAGACCAGAGAGCCCUGCAGAGUCCAGAAACCAAUGGAUCUGUACCACUGGGACAAACUAACAUCGCUGAGAGCCUGGAGUCACUCAUGUAGACACACACACACACACCAGUGUAGACUGAGGUUCUGCCCAUCACGUGAUGAGAGGAUGAACACAAUCAUUUCUGUGUCUGUGGUUCAUAGCUGCGUCCACUGUGCAUGCUAAUGCUUUAAGGUACACUAUGCUCAACAAUCAUUAUUCAAAUUACAGAAAUAAAACCCAAGAACCCAGUAUAGUCCAGUAAAACUUCAAGUAAUCCAAAACAGCACUUUAGCUGUCUGAUACACAGUGACUACACCCGAAAGCUUUUUGCCAUUCACAGGUUGCUGUUUUUUUAUUAAAUAACAGGUGGCCACUAAACAGGACUGGCAGGUUUAGACAAGCCAUUUAAAUAACCUUGAUGUUUCAUACUGUCAGUGUUAGCAUGCGCAGCAGGCUAAGCUGCAAAAUCUGCUGGACACAGAGCGUUUUUCAUUUCAUGUAAAGUGACCAAACAUCUAUGAUAUGACUCAUCCUUUGAAAGAGAAAAGGCAACACUUUUUAAAAAGGAGUCCUAUUUUGGGGGUAACUAAUGGAUGUAUUAAUGGCUAAUAAAUCAUUUGCAAAUACUUUAUAGAUCAGUUAUAAUUCUUUAAAUAAACUAUGUUUGUGUUGCCAGGUUGCAGUUAUUUCUGGAAAAGGACUGCAGAAGAAAUGGAUCAAUAUCCAUUUAGUAACAUCGUAUUAAAAACUGCAGACUUGCUCAUUAAACCCUUUGUUAAUGGCUUGUUAACGUUUUAACUACAUGCUUUAUUAGAAAGUGACUGUUUUUACAGUGUAGAAAGAACAAACACCAGCCAAUUGGAGUUUUUGGCAACCCAAUAACGGAUCUAUAAAGCAUUAGUAAAUAAUGUAUUACCCAUUAAUAAAGUCAUUAUUUACAAUUGAGAAGUCAUUUUAUAACCGUUUCUCUGCUUUUCCAACAAGAACCUGCAAACCUUCCAGCUGUGUAUCUGUUGCUGGUCAGCCUGGAGCCUAAUGCAGCAGAGCGACAGCCAGUAACCUUUUGUUGGCUUUCACUAAAAACUGAAUGAAAUAAACAAAUAAAAUUUAAAUAAAAACAUCAAAAAA